AAGUGAGAGGAUCACAACGACAGAGAUCUGCUUUGCACGAUAGCACGGCCACCAACUUCACUGCUCUCUCUCUCCACCCGUGCACACACUGUCACUUGGCUGCAUCGUCAGUGCUGGCAAUCCACCGCAGAGCAAUCAGGGAAGCGCGACCAUCAGCUUCCGCACCCCAUCGACACCUCUCGAUGUACGAUGCCGCUGUACUCGGGGUACGACGCCAACGAGAAGGCGGAGGCGGAGGAUGGAGAGGGCAUGGCAUGGUCGAUGGAAAUGCAAGGCGACGAGCCGGCUGUGCAGAGGUAUGGCGAAGCGGAGCGUGUGGGGCGCGGUGUUGAAGCCGGUGCGGACGAAGAAGCGCAGGAGAGCUUGCUGAGAGGCGGUGCGGAGGGCAUUUUCGUUGCGCAUCGGAGCGACGGAUCGCCUCGCAAAGGGAGGCGGGGAGCGCACAGCAGGUCGACUCGGAGAUGUUGCGUCAUCGUAGUCCCUGCCGCACUGCUCUUGACGCUCCUCCUCGCCUUGCUGAGCAACUCCAACAGAUCCGCGCAGGCAGCCAAGCCCGCUGUGGAAAUUGAAGCUGAAGGCUCUGCGAAUGCGACCUCCUUCAGCCCCAUCGACGCCCUCGUCGACCCUUCCGUCUUUCAACUCGGAGCGAGCGGUAGCGAGUGGGAUGUGAGCCAAGCCGUGCGGACGCGCACGUACGACUGGACCAUCUCCGAAGUGAUCGCUGCUCCAGCCGGCGUCUCCAAGCGCAUGCUGGUCGUGAACGGACACUCGCCCGGACCCACAAUAGAAGCCAACGUAGGCGACAGGAUCGUGGUGAGGGUGGAGAACCGGAUGAUGAAUGGCACUGCCAUUCACUGGCACGGUCAGCCCCUGUCGGGUGCAGGUCAGAAUUACAUGGACGGCACCAGCGGUGUUUCCCAGUGUCCCAUUCCACCCGGUGCAUCCUUCACCUACGAGUGGACAGUCAGGACCAGCGGGACGUAUUGGUGGCACGCGCACUUUGAAGGUCAAUACAGCGACGGCUUAUACGGCGCUCUCAUACUUCACGAUCCCAAGGAUCACUUGCAGCUGAUCCAUGCCGGAUCGCGUGCAAAAGAAGAGAUGCCAUCCGAGUCCGCUCUGAUAGCGCAGCAGUCUCGAUACCAUCACGAUCGCGUGAUUCUCAUGUCCGACAUUUGGAACGACCUUUCGGGCGCUUACUUGGAGGGCUACAUGUCCUUUGAAGGUCCACCUGGCGGAGUGCAAGGUGAUGAGCCGGUCCCUGAUUGUGGCAUUGUCAAUGGCAUUGGCCACUGUGCAGGUGGACUGCAACACAGCCCUGCCUCUCUGCCAGUCUUGCCCGACAAGACAUAUCGUCUACGUCUACUCAACGUCGGCUCCCUCGCCGAGAUCCGUUUCGAAAUCGAAGGUCACUCGCUGAUCGUCGUGGAGGCGGAUGGGACAGAAGUGGUGCCUCAUAGCGUCAAGAGCAUUACCCUUGCCGUCGCUCAGCGGUACAGCGUGCUGGUGCAAAUGGAUCGAGGAGCGGAAAGGCAAAGGAAGUGGAGGAUCAAAGCGGACCUCUCUGAUAGCAUGUUUGGGUAUGAGCCGGAGCACUUGAUCAAGGAGCAGGCGAUGGUGCUGCAGUACGAGCAGCCCGUGAAGCACGACGAACCUGAAGGUUCAACGGCCUCGCUGCCCGUGCCAGACCACCAGAUCGACCAGUCACUUGACCCUUCAGCACUUGUGCCGCUCAUCCCCAUCGCGGCCCCAAACAAGGUGGACAGGCAAGAGACGCUGCUAGUGUCCUUCGGCCUGACUUCCUCCAGCGUUUACCGAGCUUUCUUCAAUGAGACGUCUUGGGAGAUGCCGCCGGCUAAUGGAAGCAGCGUGAUGGCACUGAGGAAGCAGAAGCCAUAUCCUGACCAGCUCGUCUUCAAGAACGACCAGACCAUCGUCAUGGAUCUCAUCAUCAACAAUGAGGACGAAGGAGAUCAUCCGAUGCACAUUCACGUGAGCAACACGUCUGGCUUUACUCUGACCACGCGAAAAGUGUGACAAUCUCGACCUUGCUUUCGCUGACGCUAUGCGGACUCUCCGACAGGGCUACGUCCCCCAACUAUUAGGCACAGGUGCCGGCUUCUUCAGCUACGAUCAACCGUCUCUAGAUUUACAGCAAGACUUUCCAAAUCCGAUGAGACGAGA